UUUCGGGAUUCUUAUUAGUGAUAUGAUGGAUAUUAGUUCUGAAUUAACUCUCGAUGCGUUGCUUCAUAAAUUGAUUCAUCUUCCGUACCGGCUUUAUUUCUAUUUGACCAAAUUCUGUUACAAUGCUCUCGUCUUUCCUUUCCGUCCAGUCUUGUAAUAUGGAUCGCGUCGUCCGGGUUUUUCGGCUUUACCCUUGUUUAUGUAAACAUAAAUCGCCACACAUUUAACGAAACGAGGCUAUCCGGUUCCCUGUAAUACUUCUUACAUCUACUGAUACUUUCGUUUAGUAGGGAACCAACUAAAAAUAUCAAUGCAUUCAAGUGACGAAAGAACUUUACCCCUGCGAAACGAACCUGGUGAUACUAUUGUUCCUAAUAGCGCCAACAGACGGUCUCGCAGCAGGCCGGGCCGAGUCAAACGAUGGGCGCCAAAAACUAAAACUGGCUGCACAACCUGCAGGUAGAUAUAUCAUCUGACUCUAACGAGUUAAACUAAUUAUAUAGAGAUUUUGUAAAUAUUCGGCAACCGAUGCCAUGAUGAAUGCGUUUAUCACUACAGCUACCACCUGUGAAUUUGGCAAUUAUAUCAACACCGCACGACCAAUACCAACUUAUAUAAUAUUUGUCCUAGUUAUACUCAAUGUGCUGGUUGUAGCACCAUUCCAUUCUUCUGGUCCAUCAUCUUUACUUAUUCCCGAUCCUCCAUGUUCACAUUCCAGGAAGCUGCCGCCGCUUCAGUGCAGGCCAGGCGUCGCAUCAAACAACAUAUAUAUGAAACGCCGUUGAUCCCGGCUAGAAAGACCGGACAAGACCAUGCAGCCAAAGUUCUUUUUAAAGCUGAGAAUUUCCAAUUAACAGGGUCCUUCAAACUUCGAGGUGCCAUGUCAAAACUUUCCGCACAACGGCAAGGUGGGCCACUCAUUACAGCGUCGUCAGGUAACCAUGGGAUUGGUGCCUCGCUUGCAGCCCAGAAGCUAGACAAAAAUCUUACAGUUGUGCUUCCGGAGACAGUGAUCACUACCAAGUUGGACAAGAUCAAAUCAUAUGGCGCGAAGGUGCUGUUCCAUGGAUCAGAAGCCGGCUUGGCGGAACAACACGCGCAGGACCUUGCCAAAUCGGGCUCUUAUACAUAUAUUUCUCCUUACAAUGACCCUGACAUCAUCGCUGGCCAAGGGACUAUCGGACUCGAAAUUCUAGAGCAAUGCGAGACAGUUGAUAAUGUCUUCAUCUCAAUGGGGGGUGGUGGACUUAUUAGCGGGAUCGGCUCCGUUAUAAAAGCUUUCAGCCCCAAAACCAUGGUUUACGGUGUUGCUGCUACUAACUCAAGAGCUCUUGCUGCCUCUAUUGCUGCUGGUCGUGUUGUAGUAACGGAACAUUUGCCGACACUGGCUGAAGCUGUAUCUGGCGGUAUCGACGAAGACACCAUCACACUCCCACUUGCUACAGGAGUGAUAGACGAGGUCAUUGAAUGCACCGAGGAAGAAAUCGCGUCUUCUAUGAAAGCGCUAGCGCUGGACGAAAACAUGUUGGUAGAAGGUUCUGCGGCUCUUGCUCUUGCUGGCUUCAAGCGAGUUGCUAGCAAGUUGGCUGGACAAACAACUGUGAUAGUUCUGUGCGGAGCCAACUUUGACCAAGAUGUCAUGCGAAAUAUUCUUAUUGAUUAGAAAGAAGAGCAUUACUGCGUCUGGAUGCAUUAUAUGUAUUUACGCAUACGAACCACGUUGACUUUUAUUAUUUAUACUUAUUUAGCUUACACAAUACAUUCCUAGAUUAUUCCUUCUG